AUGGUGGAAACGCCCACAAGUGUUCAAGCAACGAGUUCCAAGGAAGGCCACAGCGAAUGGAAUCAGGAGAAAAAGAAUGACAAAGGAAUUAGCUCUGAAAGCAUAAAAGAAGAUAAAAACGAUGAAUCACUGAUACAAAAUCCUAGCACUAGCACAGAAAACAACGAAACAACGGCUCAACCGAAGACAAGUGCUGAAAUACCGGUGAGGACGGUGCAGCUCAAAGAGUUCGAUAACAAAGAGGAAAUCAUGAGCCGAGAGGCCAUUCUUGAAGCCGAAGAGAAGCGGAAGGAGGACAGUACUCUAGAGAAGAAAAGUGACGAAGAAGGUACGAACGAAGAAGACGAGGAAAAGGUAAAGACUGAGCCCAUCAAGUCAAAACAAGGAAGUGGAUCCAGCGAAGGCGGCAAGGAUGAUGAAACGAGCACGACGAGCAGUGCAACAACGCAGUCAACUGGGAACAGCUCAAAUGAGAAAAAGUCAAUGGACGACGACGAGCAUGAUUCAGAUGAAGAUAAAUCAUCGAAAUCUCGUGAAGAAAAAGUUGGUUUAACUACGUAUUCAAAAGAAGUUCCCGAUGACCGUGCACCUGAAGUUGGCACAGAAAAAACGCCGGCUGCAAAGAGAGCUGAACGAAGACGAUUAGCAAAAGAAAAAGAGGCUCAGCAGAAGAAGGACAAAGGAGGAAAGACCACGAGCCAGCAGAAGAAGGACAAAGGAGGAAAGACCACGAGCAAAUCCUCUAGCGAAGAAGACAGCCGUGACAAAACGAACCCUCUAGGGUUGCCCACUCUUCCACCACUUCCACCACCUCCAACGUUGGCGCCCAGUCUCCAAAAAGUGCUUGAUAACAUUGGAGAGCAAUGGAGGAAACUCUUCCCACCGCCCAAAGUGUUUAGACUCUAA